ACUGUUGAGCACUGGCGCACGCAACUACCACCAGUCCGCACAAUCUACGGGUUAUCCCCAUCGCAGGGCUAGGCCGAGACGUCCAUGGCUUCUCUCUCCGUUGCAAUUCGAUCCGUGUUCCUCUUCGCAACCGUCUGGAUUGGAGUGUUUGGCCAAGAGAUUGGUGCUGUUGUGGACGGGGGUAAUCUGCAUUCCAGAGAAUUCGACUACUUCAACCUAGCGCUUCAAUGGCCGGGGACCUAUUGCAGCAAGACUCGCCAUUGCUGUAGCUCCAAUGGGUGCUGUAGAGGUUCGGAUAAGCCGACAGGAUUUACGAUUCAUGGUCUUUGGGCAGAUUAUAAUGAUGGAUCUUGGCCUUCCUGUUGUUCUGGUAAAAAAUUUGAUAUUAAAGAGAUUUCGACAUUGCUUGGUGCCCUGAAUAAAUACUGGCCGUCUUUAAGCUGCAGCUCUUCUUCUAAUUGCCAUGGUGGGAAAGGAUUGUUUUGGGAACAUGAGGUAGAAAAACACGGUACUUGUUCUGCUUCCGUUACAGGAGAUGAAUACAAUUACUUUCUGACAGCACUCAAUCUUUAUUUCAAAUACAAUGUCACGGAGGUUCUACUUGAAGCUGGAUAUGUACCAUCUAAUAGUGAAAAAUACCCGACAGGAGGCAUCAUUUCAGCCAUUCAAAACGCAUUCCAUCUUACCCCAAAGUUGGAAUGUGAAAACGGUGCUCUGGAGGAAGUACAUUUAUGCUUCGAUAAGAAAUUUGAGCCUAGGGACUGUGCAGUGAAAUCCUCCAACGUACUGAGAUCGAGCAAAUCAUGUCCUACAUACGUUAGCUUUCCCGAUUAUUUCUCGCCAGGACUCGGGCUCGGAAUUGGAUUCGGAGAUGAUGGAAGUGCAUUGAGUUCCAGAAUGUAGUUUAGAGUCGUCAUCUAUGUGUAAGUUAGGAGGAGGAGUGGAUGAUUAUAUGCAGGAAGAGUCUGUUCCUCAGGUACCGAAGAAACAGGACUCUCUGUUAACGCAUACGUUUUUAGAGGUUUAUGCAUUAUUUCAAAACUUUAAUAAAACUCCUGUUUAAACUAAACCUAAAUAAGUGAGAUUGUGUAUUUGUGCACAUGGUUGUGCACUUGCAUUCCUGAACUCUUAGAUGUGUUAUAUUAUUGUUGUUACCAUUAAUAUUUCAUGGC